AUGUCCUGCUCCAGCCUGUGCGUCCCUUCCUGUGGGGUGGCCGCCCCAUGCCCCCUGGCUGACACCACCAACGAGCCCUGCGUGCGUCAGUGCCAGAGCUCCUCAGUGGUGAUCCAGCCCCCAGCCACGGUGGUCACCUUCCCUGGACCCAUCCUCAGCUCCUUCCCUCAGCACAGUGCUGUUGGCUCAGCGGGAGUCCCUGCCAUUGCUGGGGGCUAUGGUGGCAGUUUUGGUGGCUACGGUGGAUUCGGAGGCUAUGGAGGCUAUGGAGGCCUUGGUGGCUAUGGUGGCUAUGGAGGCUAUGGUAGCUGUGGAGGCUAUGGAGGCUUUGGUGGCUACGGAGGCUUCGGUGGCUACGGAGGCUUUGGUGGCUGUGGAGGAUAUGGCGGCUGGGGCCGAGGCCUCCUGUCCUUCGGUGCCAGCUGUGGAAGCUGCUAA